AUGGAUGAUUAUUCCCAACUUUAUUGCACUGAACCGCCAUUGAAGUACAUGGGAGUUUCAGAGCAGCAUAUCUUUGAAACUUUUGAUGAAUCGCCAGCCUCAGCCUUUCAUGCUGCUGGAACUAAUUAUUACAUGGAUCAUCUUCGACAACAUGAUGAGCAUCAAGUUGCCAAUUUUCCUCCUUUGUGCUCACAAUUUCCCACUCAUGAUUCAAACAACAUCUUAGUCUCUCAAUCUUCACAGCAUAACUUUUCCAUUGAUCAUUCAUCUGAGAAAGCUGGCUCCAACUUUGACUUCAGAGACACCUUGCAAUCACUUGUGAAAUCUCACUUCUGCAGCAGCCAAUGCUUUUCUUCCUCAGAGAAGCCCAAUAAAAUUCCAUGCAACAAUAUGAUCAACAAGCCUUUUCCCUAUGCCCACAACAUGUUAUUGCUUGGUGAGAAUGAUGCCUUGGUCAAGAAGCAGCAACUUUCGGUUCCUUCUGAUGCAAAUCAUCCGGGUCUUAAUGUUUGUGACAGUACAUCAUCCAGGCCAACUCCAUCAAAUAAAAAACGAAUCAGAUGGACUGAAGAUCUUCAUGACCAAUUCGUCAAGACUGUGGAUCUCCUGGGUGGUGCUGAGAAGAAAUCUGAGAGAAAUAGUGCAAAUGGCAUAUCUCAGCUCCCCAAGGAAAUAAGUAUGCAAAUGAAGGAGGCUAUGCGACUGCAACUUGAAGUUGAGAGGCGUCUUCAUCAACAAUUACAGCUUCAGCAAAAUUUACAGUCAACGAUUGAUGAAGAAUUGAGGAAGCUCAAGAUUAUGUUUGACCAGCAACAACAGAAUAGAUAUAAGAAGAGCCUGUUGAUCAAGACAAAGACUCUUCACAACUCUUGUCCCAGAACGACCAACGAACAAGUUCCUAGAAUGCUUAGGUUUUGA